AUGAAACAAGCAGAGAAUUAUAAGACGAAGUACGCGGCACACUCGUAUCCUGACGCGAGGGAUUCGCCUGAGUCGUACUGGAGGCAUCAGCAGAGGAAGAGCCAGUCUUUUCCGCUUGGCAAAGGCAGCAAGAUCCCGGAAUCGUCGACGAACUACUAUUCCUCGCCGUCUUCUUACAAGUCGCAGAGAGGUCACGUGUGUUCCAGUCCGACGUACACGAAGUACACCACGCUCCACAAUUCUGACGCGUCGCAUCUGCAGAAUCACUCGAAGCCCAACAGAGACAAGUAUUACGCCAGUUUCUCACCGACGAGGAAGGCACGCUACGAGGAUGAACUGGGUAACGUGACGAAAUUGAAGUUCACCAACGAGGACCUGGAGGACCUCGCGCAGGACAACGUGGAAGAGGAUGCUGAGGAGGAAGCUACAGAGGACGAUCGCGAGGAGACGUGUGAAUUCCUGAACAAGGAUUACGAGGAGCAAGAGGCGGACGAUGAAAUAGACGAAGAGUCCGACGCGUCUCCGUUGGUUCGUAGAGCUCAAAGAGGAGGGAAGAACGAGACGUUGCUGAGGCAGCCGCAACGAUGGAGAGCCAUGGAACAGCAGACGGAUUCACGAAGACCUCGUUAUCAGCAGUGUGUGCCUUUGGUGCAGAAUCAUCCGUCAUCUCCCAAGUAUUACCACGUCGUGGCCGAGCACGAGGUACCUGAGCCCUUAUCAGAUGAAGACUUCGUCCGAACGUCGCUGAGGAACCCGACGAGGCGACAACCCGCGGAAUAUCGUCAGUGGUCAUCGUCGAGGAACGAUCCUGAUCGAUACGACGACGUGAUCCAGUCGACUCGACGAUCCAGCAUCAAACCGGAAGGGAAUCGGCUGUUGGAGCCGGAGCUGGUCAGAAUAAGAAGGUGCAAUCGCUGCGGUAGCCUGUCGACCAGCAAGAGGAACGAGUUGCCUAUGAAAAACAGCUGCAGAUUCGACGAUCGCGUGAAUAUCCCUACCAAGGGACCAAUCGGCGACGAGCCGGAGAGCCUGGCAUACUGCGGCCGCUGCAACCUGAGGUACAGCACAAAGGACACGAGCGACGCGAUCGACAUCCCGUCAUCCCCGUACCACGCGAAAUUCCGCAAACCUCGUGAGAUAAAGUCACCAACGAUCUACGAGGUCCCCGAGCAAGGCCAAGUGAACAAGCUCUCGAACGACUACACGCGAUCCACGAGAUACCAGAGGAAAGCUGCGGACGCGUUCACGGAGAAAUCGAAGCGUGCCUUGCACACAUCUCACGGCACCGCGCGAAUUCCUUCUCGAUACACCGAAUAA